CAGGAGACGCAGUCUGCUCGUGAAUCCGGUCGUCGACGGUUGGUCUGAUCCGGCGAUCCUGGCCUACUGUAGUUCGGAGUGUGUGUUUGACGGGGUAGAAGAAUAGAAGAUCGCGCGCGGUCAAGUGAGCAGUGAACCAUGACCAAGUUCAACAAGGCUCUGUGUCGGGGAACGGCUACUGCGGUUCCGCUGCCCAAACAGGGCUACGAAAUCGGCCACAAGAGUUUGGAGGGGUCGCAUAUGACCAUGGCCGUGGGUGGUUACGUGGGUCACAAUCGUGGUAGCACUGGGGAGAGUGAGUUCUACCACCACCAGUCAAGUGCAACGAAUCCGGGAUACGUCGUAAAUGGCGCCUGUGGUGGUGGCCUGACGGCCGAGCAGAAACUCAAGCUGAACAUCCAGCAGUUGCAGAUCCGGCAGAAACAGCUGCAACUUCACCAUCAGAGUUCUGGGGAUGAUUUUGACGAGGACGAUGAAGACGACGACGACGAUGAGGGGUGUGGUGUUGGGGGUGGGGGUGGAGUGGAUUUUAGUUCCGAGGCCGAGGCCGAAGAGCACGUGCUGGCACCGGUUCGAGGGCCCGGAUGUAUGGCCACCGCGAACAGGCCGUGUUUGGCGUGGGCCUGCAAGGCUUGCAAGAAGAGGAGCGUCGCCGUGGACCGGCGGAAAGCGGCCACCCUGCGGGAGCGAAGGCGGUUAAGGAAGGUUAACGAGGCAUUCGAGGUUCUAAAACGUCGCACAAGCACGAACCCAAACCAGCGAUUGCCAAAGGUGGAAAUCCUUCGGAACGCCAUCGAAUACAUUGACAGCCUGCAAGCCCUGCUCGAGGAAACGCCUCCCAUCCGCCAGAGUCCGGACAUCCUCACCGACAGCAGCUCGGCGUCCAGCUUUUCAUCACCCCAGGACUACAUGGUAAGUAGAGGAAAGUGUAGGGAUCGUUUAGUGCCCAAUUAG